AUGCAAGCAGAAAAGAAUUAUGUUUUCAGAUUAUGGAAAAAUUACAGCCAACUCAAAAGUUCCAAACAAUGUAUUAUUGUUUUACGUGAACGUAGUGGCCGACUUGGUAAUCGUUUAUUUAUGUUUGCUUCUGCUUAUGGUUUAUCACGUAAUCGCUCAUGCCAGUUGUACAUAGCUUCAGAUAUUAUUAAAGAACUCAAUCAAUCAUUUGAUAUAAACCUUCCUAAUCUAUUAUUAAAAUCAAAUGUCAAUAGUACGAAUUCUUUUAAGAAAAUAUAUAAUCAUUGUUCAUUUUAUUCGGACCUUUAUUAUUCGAAUUAUUCUUAUUCAAUAGAACUAUCUGGUUUUUGGCAAGUAUAUAGAUAUUUUAUUGAUUAUCAAGAAGAAGUUAAACAACACUUACGAUUUAAACAAUCCAUUUUAGAUCGAGCGAAUCAAUUUUUCAACAAAGCUAUCAACAGAAACAUAUCAACUGUUAUAGGUAUUCAUAUUCGUCGAAGUGAUUUUCUACUUGUUCGACGUGUUUCAUCAGAUAAUUACAUAUUAAAUGCUAUGUCAUAUUUUGAAACAAAAUAUGGUUUAGUAACAUUUGUUAUAGUAUCAGAUGACAAAUCAUAUUGUCAGAAAUCAUUCGGUCAUAAAAGUAAUGUUUUAAUAACACCAAAUACCUUUCAAGCAAUUGAUGACUUAGCUAUAUUAACUUUAUGUGAUAAUCUUAUCCUUACAGUUGGUACAUUUGGAUGGUGGGGUGGAUUUCUUUUACGUAAUAAAAUAGGUGAAGUAAUAACUGAUUCCAAACCAGAUCAUUCUCCUCUCGAUGUCAAUUGUCGACGAGAAGAUUAUUUUCCACCUCGGUUUUCAUUUUUGAAUAAAACAAUCUCAUAG